AUGAAGCUACAAACUGUACUCGUACUCUUACUCGUCAAAUUCUCCCAUCAACAACAAUUUGGUCAAGAUCAAAAUGGACAGUUUAUUCAAUCCUCACAGUUUUAUUAUUCCGGCAAUAAUCAAGAUAAUAAUAAUAACCAAAUGAGCUCAAACCAAGUUAUGCGAGACCCGAUCGGUUCGACACAGAUUCCUUUUACGAACUAUCAGAACAUGCCUUCAUCAACCCAGGCUCCUUAUGGAAAUUAUCAGAACAUGCAAUCGUCCACCCAGGCUCCUUAUGGAAACUAUCAGAACAUGCAAUCGUCAACCCAGGGUCCAUAUGGGAACAAUCAGAACAUGCCUUCAUCAACUCCGUAUCCAAGCUAUUCGACAGCAUCUAACGCUGGAAUGACAACGUCAUUUCCAACACUAGUGUAUCGUGAUGACACACAAAAUAUGCCAAUGAGUGGUAACAACCAGAAUAGUCAACAGCAAUAUAACAACAAUCAGUAUCAGCAACAACAACAGCAAAAUCAGAACAGUGGUUCACAGUAUGGCCAAUAUGGACAAACCUAUCAACAAAAUAAUCAAAAUCAGCAAUAUGGACAGCAAAGCGGGCAGGUCUAUCAGCAGAAUGAUCAAAAUCAACAAAUCAACAGUACGGACAGCAAAAUCCCGCUUCACCACAAUAUGAUCAGAACCAAUUCGGGCAAUCCGUUAACUCUAAUCAGCCAAAACUCCAAUGGACUGCCAAGCAUGAACACUCAGUAUCAAGAUCCUAGUAAUCAACAAGGCAAUAAUAACUACUCUGCUAUCUCUGGUCCAGCGGUCAUGAACGGUCAGACAGCCGUAAACAUCAAUCAGUAUACAUUUACAAACGGAAACUGUAUUUUCCAAGAUGGAUAUGUAACCGAAAACGGUCAAAGAAGACAAGCAACUGCCAACGAGUUGCAACAAGUUCAGCAGUAUCGUCAAAAAUGGAAUCAAUACAUGAGUGAUUUCAACAGCUACAUGGGCCAAUGGAUGAACAACCUUUUCUCUUCACUACCUUUCGGCAAUGGACAAGCCUUCCCUGGAUCACCUACUAUGCCUCAAGUUCCUCCUGCUCCUUGUCUAUGCAGCUCUCAAUCUUGCGGACAAAAUGGCGGCCAAAUUAAUACACCACAAAUGGAUUACCAAAAUGCUCCAAACUACAACCAAGGACAAGCUUACCAACAGAACCAAUACAAUCCACAACUGUAA